AUGGGAGGAUUCUGCCCAAAUCAAAGCAUUAAAGUCCUUCCAUCACCUGUGAUUCAAGAAGAAAUAACUGUCGACCCACAAAUAGAAAUUGAAACUCUUAUUAAUUAAGAAACCAAUUACAAACUUAGUAUAAGUCAUAAUUUCUCUCUAGAGAAUCCAAACUUAUAAACAUGUGAUGAAGUUAUCUUACAAAUACUCUCCAUAUCAAUUUCAUUCAUGGUUAAGGAUUUUUCUGAAUAAUCAAACUUUCUUAAAAUGUAAAUAUAAAAGCAAGUCUAAGACUUAAUUGAUCAUAAAAUUGAUUUUUAAGAAGAUCUAUUAAAAAUGCUUAUCAAUUAUUAUCAUUUCCUAAGCUAUGUUUAAGAAAAUGGUGCCACAAAAGUAAUAUCUUGGUGGAAGGAUCCUGUUAGUGUAGUUGAAGUACAAUAAGCAAUAAAACAUUGGUCUUAAGAAUUUAUUAAAUAUGGAGGUAAAUUGAGAAGAGAAAAAGCUAUCAGAAAAUUAAAUUAGGAUCCUAAACCUCCUGAACGCUUUGUAAAAACAUGGGAAUGGAUAAAAAAAUAAGCAGAAGGAUAGGAGGAAGAUUUGAAACCAAAAAGAGAGUCAUUUGCAACUCCUAGUAAAUUUGAAGAAGGUUUUGAAGAAUCAUGA